CACACACAUCUGGAUUACACUCUGGGAACUGGUUCUGGUUUCUGGAGGGUCUCCACAUGUCUACACCUGUGCAGCUGGAGCCAGUCAUGGAGAGGAGUUAUGAGGGAGUGGGCCGCUGUAAAUGCUCCUUCUGGUUCGCUGUGGCUCAUGAUAUUCUGGGAACUUUCCUCAUGCUGGUGGGGGUGUUCGGAGGGCUGGUCGUCCACGAUUUGUUCAUCUACGUCGGGGGCAUCAUCAUCUUCCUCAGCCUCAUCUGGUGGGUGUUCUGGUACUCUGGGAAUAUAGACGUCCCCCCCGAGGAGCUGGAGGACGACGUGGGUAUGAUCAAGCUGAAAAACCGGGGGCUGGGUCAGGCCGUGAAGCAGAUGUCAGACAGAUUCUCCUCCAGGAUCAGAAACUCUUUCAGGAGGAACAGACCUUCAAACACUGAGGUGUCGCUGUCCACCAUCUUUGAAAGCAACAUGUCUUCUCCAUCCACAUCUCCAUCUAAAUACCUUGAGAGGAACACAUUAUCAAUAUGAACCUGGAAAUGACUCUGAACUUGGACAUAUUUGUUUCCUUUUUGCACGUGAAAGAGAUUUUGUGUGUGUGUUUGCUCUGCUAACACGCUCCUGUAAUGAUUAGACAACACUGAGGUCUUGUCUAGAUAACAUCCACAUGUCAGUUUCCAGCUGAUAAGAUGUACACUUUGCACACUAUAACAACAUCAUUGCAAAACUUGAAACGACAUAAUUCAUAUCUGUCAAUAUUUUAGUUGAUUCAUGAAUUUUGCAAGGGUUUUGGUGACUGUAAAUAGAAAAUAAAAGUUAUAUUAAGA